AUUGGUUCAAAACAGUACAGGAAUUCUAGUUCAAAAUAUAACGAAAUUUUUAGAGAUUUAUUAUAGAGUGUACAAUAAGCUUUGAAAAACUGAAAAUGACUAAAAUAAAUAACAUAACAGCUAGACUAAUUAAUAGGCAAUAUGGAAAAUAUUAUGAAAAAUCUUAUGAUAAUGCUCUAGUAAGACUGAUGGUGAGACCAUGGGAUAACUGGAGAGGAAUAAAUCCUUCAGGAAUAGGAGCAGACUUUAAUCCAGAUCCGCCAAUAUUUGCGGCAAAAUUUGCAAAUACUGAAAACUAUAAUCACAUUCUUGCGGUUGCCAACGAGGAUGGAAGAAUUGCACUACAAAAUACUUUUGUUAAGAACUCUACAAGUGAAGAUUUAUCACUUGAAGGCGAUCAAUGCCAUUACAAUGCAGUUUUUGAUAUCGCAUGGAUGCCUUAUCAUUUAAAGUUAAUCAGUGCAAGUGGGGACCAUACUGCCCGAUUAUGGGACGUUACAGAAAGCAAACUUAUUAAUAUCCGAGAGUUUUGUGGACAUUCACGAUCAGUUAAAGUUGCUGCCUUUAGGAAGAACGAUUGUUCUGUGUUCUCAACAGGUGGACGUGAUGGAGCAAUUCUUAUCUGGGAUUUGAGAAGUAACACAAACAACGAAGUUCAAAAAAUUGACAAUCGCAUUUAUAAUGCACACAUUGGUGGCGGUCCAACAACUCCAUCAACAAGACGAAGAGGAAACAGAUAUGCAACUCCAAAGAAUCAAACAAAUGUCAGCAAUUCGAGUGUGACUGGACUGAUCUUUCAAAAUGAGAACACUUUGGUGUCUUGUGGACCUGCAGACGGCGUCAUCAAAAUGUGGGACCUUCGAAGAUGUUAUUCAACACUUAAAAAAGAACCAGUAGCAAAGCAUAGUUUGCCUUAUGCUGGAAAUUCCACAUUAAAAGGCUUCACAAAUUUAAUUGUUGAUGAUUCAGAAACGAGACUUUUCGCCAGUUGUAUGGACAGCAAAAUUUACAGCUACAACAUCUCAGCUUAUUCAAAAGAGCCGACAAUGAUUUAUUCCGGUCUUCAAAUUAAUUCGUUUUAUAUAAAAUCAUGUUUAAGUCCUGAUGGACGUUAUCUGUUGAGCGGAAGUAGUGAUGAAAAAGCUUACAUUUGGAACAUUGAAAAUCCUCAUCCUGUUGCAUCAUUGGUUGGACAUAAUUUUGAAGUAACUUGCGUUGCUUGGAGUAAUCAUCAAAAUAAUUUGGAUGGAGGAAAUAUGUGCAUUGUCACUUGUUCAGAUGAUGCUUGUCACAAAGUAUGGCGUGUUGGUCCGGAGUUUCUUCCAGAAGACGAAAGACUUUCUUUACGUGGUCAUAGUGAACUUGGUGAAAAAUAUUAUCAGUAUGAAAAGUCUAAACAAGUUUUAAGAAGAAAGUUAAAAGAUUUAAGUCCUCGAACUUCGAAUGCACAAAACAAACAAAUCAGAAUGACUCCAACAAAAGCUGAAAUCUCAUCAUUGAAAAGAAGUUUUCAGGAAAUGUGCGCCGAUGAUCCAGAAAUUGUUAUUGAAGGAAAUGAAAGAAAACGACCGAAUAUUGAAGCUAAAGGAAGAAGACUUUUCCCUUCAUCGCCAUCUUCAUGUAUAGAUCAUUAUUCAACUACUUCAGCUUCAAGACCACUUGAGACACUUUUUGAAGAGUUGAGUUCAACACAAAGCCAAAAUUUUCAAAAUCUUGUAUCGUCUCCAGUUAAACGUCAAAUAAACAUCAUAAAGUCACCGGAAAAUUUACGUGUGAGUAAAUCCAAGUCGCUAAAUAAAGAUCGAAUGGAACCUUCCGUGAAUUCUCCUACGAUGAAUCUUCCAAAUUUUGUGAUUGAUGGUGAUGCACCACAUUUGAGUUUAAUGUCACCCCAUCGAAAAACUAAGAAAGAAAAUGUAGAUUGGUUGACAAAAAUGCGUAAACAAAAAUUACUGUCAUUAAAUAAUGCAUUGGAAAAAGCGACCACUGCCACAGAAAUACAAAAUGAUCAGAACGAUAAACUUCUCAAAUCUAUAGAAAAUAAAAGUGAAAGUCAAGAGAAAAAGAAAAGUCAAAAGAAAACAGAAGCGACUAUCUUAAAUAAUGCGAUUCGCAAAAAAAAACUAACUUGCGAAUCGCGAGUGAUGCAAAAGUUCGAAGCACAAAAACAAAUGCAGAAUUUUGGCUUUCCAACUGGCUCAAGAAUUAUUCUUUAUGGAGGCAAAACCUGCGUUAUUGCACCAGAACAAAAGACAAACACAUCUACACCGACUGUAAUUGGAACUAUUGAGAGCCCUCAAAUAUGUCAUUUAUGCCAAAAAGAGUUUUCUUCGAUAGAGACUCUUCAAAACCACAUCAAGGAGCAGCAUGUUGAUAGUAAAUUUUACCGCAAUAUUAUCGCAGUUUCGACUGUAGGUAAUCAAGUUACAAUGAUUCCAACUCCACUUCAACAAUAUCAAAUAGGAACAAGUGCAGUGAAAAUUGAAAAAGAUUUCCAUCCAAUACAUGCAAAGUUGAUUCCAGAAAUUAUAAAACCAAGCAAUUCCGAGUUUGCCAACUCAGUUACUAAUUUAAAUAUAGCUCAUCCUGUAAUUCAACAUAUUCAAAUACAACCGAGGGAAAAAGAAAAAGCGAACGUUGUGCAAGUCAUAAAACAGAAUCCAGUUGAAUAUCACAUACAGCAACAGGAACAUGCUGCCAUGGUGGUUGCAUCGAUGAGCCAAAAAUCAGGUGUUUGUAAUCCAUUUUUAAAUAGUACCAUUAAGUAUGAACUUCAUGGACAACCAGUUCAACUUGUAUCAGAAGUGUAUCCUCAAAUGUUAGCUGAAGCUCCGAAAUCCGACGACUUAAAUUCACAGUCAUCAGUGUCAUCACCAGGAUCUUCAGUUAAUGUUCAAAAUGCAACUGGCCCAAUGCUUAGCAAUGGUGAAACCAUGGAAAAGCAACAUAAAUGUUUGGUCUGUGAUAAAUUUUUCACGACUGUUGGAAACCUAAAUAUUCAUCUAAAAAUACAUGCAGGAGAAAAACCUUACAAAUGCACUGUGUGUGGGAAAGGAUUCAUUCAAUCUAAUAAUCUUGCAACUCAUAUGAAGAUUCAUACAGGAGAAAAACCUCAUGGUUGCCAGAUAUGUGGAAAAAGAUUCAGUCAAUCUAAUAAUUUAAAAACUCACAUACGAACACACACAGGAGAAAAGCCAUUCAAAUGUACGCUUUGUGAGAAAAGCUUUAAUCAAAAAAAUAAUCUCACAACACAUUUGAGAACUCACAGUGAUUAUCAUCCUUCAAACUGUAGCAUGUGCAAUCAAACCUUUAUGUCAUUUAAUGAGCUGUUUUCACAUAUGAGGGAUCAUGCUGAAGAGAAGCCUCACGUUUGCAGCGUUUGUAAUAAAGUUUUCAGUGUUCAAAAUGAUUUAAAUGAUCACAUGAAACAGCAUUCGAAUCCUAAGCCCUAUAAAUGUGAUAUUUGCCAAAAGCAAUUUACACAAUCUAACAAUUUAAAAACUCACAUCAAAACUCAUAUUUAUCAAGAUCCAUUUAAAUGCAGUAUGUGCACAAGAUCGUUUCAAGAUCAAGAAGAAUAUCAAUUGCACAUGAGAGUUCAUACUUUUGAUAAACCUUACGAAUGUACAUAUUGUGGAAAGAAAUUCAUUCAAAGUAAUAAUUUAAAAACUCAUGUGAGAACACAUACUGGAGAGAAACCUUACGCUUGUACUGUUUGUGGAAAGUCAUUUAAUCAGAAGAAUAAUUUAAAUACGCACUUGAGAGUUCACACAGGCGAGAAACCUUUCGAGUGUCAUUUAUGUGAUCGACGAUUUAACCAAUCAAAUAAUUUAAAUAAACACUUAAAGACACAUGGACAAGAGAAGGAAAUCAGUAAAGCUAUGGAAACAGAAAUGGAAAAAAUGAUGAACAACGUCAUUCAACAACAAUAAAUCCUCACGUCAUAUAAAAUCUGAUUAUCUUGUUUAGAAAUCUAAUUUCAUUCUAAAAAAGUUGUAAAGAAAUUUGAAAUUUAAAAAAAUUAAUAUUAUAGAAAGUGACGCCAAUGUAAGUAAUAAAGAAGAUGCAUUUAAAACACUCUUCAUAGACUGUAAUUAAAAAGAUGAUUUUAAUUUAAUUUUGUAUCUAACAUAAACGGGAUAUUUUUAUGUUCUUCCCUUAAUUUCAAAAUUAUUGUUUAAAUGUCUAUUCGAUAACUUUCAUAAGUUUAAUAAAAUAAUUAUUUUAUUUAAAAUCAAUGUCUUUGCUUUAUAAAAUUGUCAACAAAUUUAAUUUUUUAUUUGAAUUUGACUGAUAAUUGGAAUGGAUAAGAUUUGGAAGUUAACUCUUGACGAAACAUUUGAGCAUGUUGCCAAGCACAAUCACCUUUUCCUCCACUUAAAUGUAUUCGCAAGGAAAACUUAGACAAGCCUUUCAGUUGAUUUUUGGACACUUCUUGAUCAAAAGCAUUAAGAAACUCGAUUUUAAUAUUUCCAUUUUCAAAAGUUAUCGUUUCAAACGUCAAGUCCAAGGAGUCGAUAGAAAGAUUUUCAAAAUCAAAUUUUAGCUUCAGAAUUCCUUUCGAAGAAUCUUCUGUUCUUGAUAAAUAACUCAUCUUGUGGUCGUGUUCAACUUUACGAAAAAUGUUUUCCGAUUCAUAAGUCCAAAGUUUCCAAUCAUCAACUGAAUUUAAUAUUUUUGCAGAACUAAAUCGUUCAAAUACAUUUCUACUGCAAGAAUAGCGUAAGUUAAAUUCUUUCAAUUUUUUCUCUUCAUCUGUUAAAGUGAAAAUGUAAAAGUUAGAAAUAUUUGCUUCUCCGCGUUCUAAACGCCAUGCUUGGCUUCCUGAACUUCGACCUUUGAGUUCAUUCUCUGUGGGUUCUCUGAUAAUCAAAAGUUCUGCGAGUUCAGCAAAUGUUCUCAGCGUCAAAAACUUUUUCCUCGCCACAGAUGAAUUCUCAGAACGUUUCAAUCGUAAACGCAUCAAUGCAUUAACGAGGUCGGUUUCUGAACACAAAUUUCGCCUCUUCAACAGCUCCUGAUGCUUAUUUGAAUAUCUCCAAGUGACGUCUUGAAUGUCAUCUCUUGAAAAUGCAAUGACAUAAUCCAAAUUCCGUUUCCAUCCAUGUUCAUACAUUAAUGGCGAAUCAAAAAUAUUUUCAGACGGAUCAAUGUGAAUCCAACGCUUCUUGGAAUGAUUGUAAACUUCACUCCACACAUGAUCUGAUGUUGAAUAAACAUAACGAGCAUCAAAACCGAGACAACGACACAAGAACGUGAAACAAUUGGCGAACUCUCCACAUCGUCCUGAACGAGAAACAAGUAAUUUUGCUAUGUCGUUGUAUCUUGGAAAAUCAGUGACAACAUCAUUGCAAGAAGUUUUGUUGCAUUUAUAACUCUCAAUUCUAACUCCAUUUUCAAUUCGUGUUCCUAUUGGAUUUGUAUCCUUAUUCUGACAUAAUCGGCAAGGCAUUGAAUUUAUCCAAGUGAAAAAUCUAUUUUUGAACCAUUCAGUUAGUUCUUCUAAAAUCAAAUCGUCGAGAAGUGGUUCAUCUUCUUUCAAUGAAUUAUUUUUUAAUAAUUUUUGCAAUUUUCUUAAUUUCUCUAAAGCUUUCAAUUUCAAUGUUUCUAAUGGAAUCAAUUGAAGUGCUGAUUCCUUUAACAAAUCAUCUUCAUAUUGCAUGACAGAAUCUGACAACUUUUCGAUCUGUUUAAGAAACUCAUUGUUUGUGUUAAGGACUUGAGGAAAUUUGAUUCUGUCUUGGAAUGUUUUGCUAGAUUUGAUCGUCCCAGCCGUAAUUUCAAGUUUAGAAUCUUUGACAUUAGUCUUUUUCUGUAUUGCUCCUAAUGGCUUAGCUAAGACCGACGAAUCUACAUCCGAGUCUUUAAGACGUUUUUCAUAAUAUUCCAUGUAAUAUUUCAACUUUGACAUGACUCCUAAUCCACCUCGACGAAGCACAAAUUCUUCAUUAUCCACUUCGAAACCUGAAUCGAGAAGUAAUUGCUCCAUUCCGUCUAAGCUGAGAAGAUCAUUCAUGAUCCUUUGAUUUGUCUUUUUAAAUCUUCGAUAUUUUUCAUCACUCGGAUUGUUGAUAAUGUUUUUUAAAAGCUUUAAAUAAAUAUUAAUACCGACUGUAAAUGAACUUUUACUAUUCUUCUCUAAACGUGCCACUAAAUCA